AAUUUUUUUUAUUUUUCUUCUUCUUACUUUCUCUCUCCUAAAAAUUUGAUUCCCCCGCACCACCAACAGCAAAGUACCAUUAUAAAAUCCCUCCUUCCACUCCUCAACUUUUCCAUUCCCAUCAUCAAUAUCAUCCCUCUAUCUUUAACCACUCACUACUUUCUCUCUCCUAAACUUUCUCUCUAUUCUCUGGUUUUCAUUUCCGGUUAUAUCACUUCAAGAAUUCGCUUAUUUACCGACGGAAAAUAAAUUAGACAAGGCCUACUAUUACAACUUUGUAGCUAUACUCUAUUUACCUUAUCUACGUCAAAGAAUUAACGCAAGUAGUUGGCGGAUAGAACCAACUUUAAUUUUAUCUUUUUGUCAAAAAAAAUAAAUAAAAAGAUACGAGGAAAAAUGUUGGAGGCUUUGAAGUACUUGAUUGGCGCAGCUGGGGCGAGCGGGUACGGGUCGAAAUCAACGGCGGAGGAUGUCACCGAGAACCGUCGUGAUCUCAGCCACAUCACCGCCAUCAUCACUGGUGCAACGUCGGGGAUAGGGGCUGAAACGGCUCGAGUGUUGGCUAAAAGAGGGGCUCGGCUUGUACUUCCGGCUCGAAGCUAUAAGACGGCUGAGGAUACCAAGUCUCGGAUUUUAGCCGAGUGUCCUGAAGCUAAGGUGGUCGUUAUGUCACUUGAUCUUAGCUCUCAAUCAUCCGUUAGAAAGUUUGUUCGUGAGUUCGAAUCCCUCCAACUACCUCUUAACCUCCUCAUAAAUAAUGCGGGGAAGUUUUCGCAUGGGCAUGGAAUCUCAGAAGAUGGAAUAGAGAUGACCUUUGCAACUAAUUAUUUAGGUCAUUUUCUGUUAACAAAACUGUUGGUGAAAAAAAUGAUGGAAACGGCGGAAGAAACAGGAAUCCAAGGGAGAAUAGUAAACGUGUCAUCAAGUAUUCACAGCUGGUUUACCGGCGAUAUGAUUCCUUACCUCGACCUCAUAACUAAAAACAAAAAUGAGUAUGAUGCGACACGUGCGUAUGCUCUCUCUAAGCUUGCCAACGUACUUCAUACCAAAGAGCUUGCUCAUAAACUCAAGCAAAUGAAGGCAAAUGUUACAGUGAAUUGUGUUCAUCCUGGAAUCGUGAGGACUAGACUCACUAGAGACCGUGAAGGCGUUAUAACAGAUUUGGUGUUUUUCUUGGCUUCUAAGCUCCUAAAAACUAUUCCUCAGGCCGCGGCAACCACAUGUUACGUUGCAACACACCCCAGACUUGAAAACAUAUCAGGGAAAUACUUUGCAGAUUGUAACGAAGCGUCCCCGUCAAAGCUCGGGUCGAACUCGUUCGAAGCCGAAAGACUAUGGAACAUGUCUGAAACCAUGGCGGCAUCUGAAAAUCCUAAAUUAGUUUUUCAUCUAUAAAUAUCAUUAUCAUUAUGAAUUAAUUAGCAAAUUAGUCUUGUAUAUUAUAUAUACUUCUACAUGUAUAAUUAAUAUAAAUAUCACUAGGAAUAUUAGAAAAAAGUUUGAGUAGUUUACGAUAUAUGAUACUUAUAUAUACGUAUGUUAGUGUACUUGUAUCAAAAAAAGUAUUUAUAAAUAUUUACUAGAAUUAGUAGUAGUUAGAAGUGGAGUUGCAAGGAUAUAAAUCUUUGUUUAUGGGAGAUCAUAGUUUUGAUGAUUAUAAAAAGUUGUACCUUAGCUUGUAAUUAUAAAGCAAUCUUAAUGCUUCUUCAAUCCAGCUUCAUAUAUACAAAGUAGUUUUAGUACAUAAUAAAA